AUGCGUUGCGCCAUUCUUGCUGCUUGCUUCGCAGCAAGCGCUCACGCUGCCGCUAUUGAGGCUCGAGCGACACCCAGCACCACGGGCUGGGAGACGAAAUACACCGCCACGGGUGCCGCAGCAGUUGCUGCUGCUGCUGCGACGGCGAAGACGAGUAGUCCCACAAGCAACGUCAAGGGAAAGGUUUUUGACCGAUUCGUCAUUAUCUGGAAUGAAAACACCGACUAUGACAAGGCCCGUGGUGACCCGAAUCUGUCCUGGUUGGCCCAGCGAGGCAUCUUGCUGGACAACAACUUUGCCGUCACCCAUCCUUCGGAGCCAAACUACUUCGCCUCCGUCAGCGGCGACUAUCUCGGUAUGCAGAAUGACAACUUCAACCGUGCCGACCGUAACGUAUCGACGGUCUUUGACCUCCUCGAUACCAAGGGUAUCUCCUGGAGUACUUACCAGGAAGACCUGCCCUACUCGGGGUUCGAGGGCAUGGCGUGGGUAAACCAACAGAAUGGCGCAAACGACUAUGUGCGCAAGCACAACCCGCCCGUUUUCUUCGACAGCGUUACGAGCUCCGAAAAGCGCUUGUCGCAGAUCAAGAACAUUUCCAUGACCCAUCCUGAGAAAUCCCAGUUCCACAAGGAUCUCAAAGACAAUAAGCUGCCGCAGUGGGUUUGGAUCACGCCCAACAUGACAAGCGACGGCCACGACACGUCUGUCACGGUUGCUGGCACUUGGACGAGGAACCUCCUGGAGCCCCUUCUCGAGGACAAGAACUUCAUGAAAAACACGCUUGUGCUUAUUACGUUUGACGAGAACGAGACGUACGGUCAACAGAACCGCAUCCUCGGCAUCCUCCUGGGUGACGCCGUUCCUAAGGAGUUGGUUGGCACGACAGACUCAAACUUUUACAAUCACUACUCGGAGCUCGCCACGGUUCAGGCAAACUGGGAUCUUCCUACUCUUGGAAGAUGGGAUGUUGGCGCGAACGUCUACAAGUACGUGGCUGACAAGACAAAGAGUGUUGUCCGUCAGUGGAGCUGCGCGGCGACAGUGCCCAAUCGAUUCUGGAACCAGUCGUACGCGGGCUUCUUCAAUACCAACGCCCCGAAGCAGUACCCCAAGCCGAACUUGGCACUGGAAGAUAACGCGGCUGGGAGAAAAAUCCUUGACUCGGUGAAGGAGACUUGGAAGGACAGCCAAGCACCUACAUACUACGAAGAUACCGUUCAGGUCCCUGAUGGACUUAAUCCUCCUAAGGGAUACGAGGCAUAG